UUCUAUGCAAAAGCAGCACCGAUUUCCUUUUAAACAAGCCCAUGUUUCUAUUAGCAAACAUGAUGUUUGCUACUUAAUAUUGCAAAUUUUGCUUUAAUUAUUGUUCCUUCAUUAGGGAGGAUUUCAUUCAAGGAUUAGUUGCUAGGGAUUUUGUAAGCAAGUAUCAGAGUAUAGAUGGAUUAAUGGAAGAAAUUUAAUUAUUAACAGAUUUGCAGUCUGGAAUUCAAAGAACAAGCUUAUGAAGUUGAUGGUACCUAUACAACUUCCUUUUCUUCUAGAUUACUCAAAAACAUGGGAUCUGUCAACCGAACAGCUGUCUCAGAAUUCAUUCUUCUGGGACUUAGUGAAGACCCAGCUCUGCAGCCUUUCAUCUUCAGCCUCUUCCUGUCCAUAUAUCUAAUUACCACCUUAGGAAAUCUGCUCAUCAUCCUGGCUGUUAAAUCCGACUCUCAACUACAUACUCCCAUGUAUUUCUUUCUUUCCAACUUGUCUUUUAAUGACAUCUGUUUAAUCACAACCACAAUUCCAAAUAUGUUGGUCAAUAUUCAAUCUCAGGAUAAGACCAUCACAUACACAGGAUGCCUCUCUCAGGUCUGUCUCAUCUUGAAUUUUGCUGGCAUAGAAAAUUGUCUUCUUGCAGUGAUGGCCUAUGACCGAUAUGUUGCUAUCUGUCACCCUCUGAAGUACACAAUUAUCAUGAAUUCACAUUUCUGUGUAAUGUCGCUUCUCUGUUCUCUGUUCUUUAGUAUUACACAUGCUUUAUUCCACACUCUGAUGAUGUUGAUGCUGUCUUUCUGCACAGAAACAGAAGUUCCCCAUUUCUUCUGUGAGCUGGCUCAGAUCAUCAAACUUGCCUGUUCUGAUAAUUUCAUCAAUUACCUGCUUGUAUACACAGUGUCUGUUGUGUUUUUUGGUAUUCCUGUUUUGGGGAUCCUUUUGUCUUAUAUUCACAUUGUAUCCUCUGUUUUAAAAAUGUCGUCCUUGGGAGGAAAGUAUAAAGCCUUUUCAACAUGUGGAUCUCAUUUGUCAGUUGUGUCCCUGUUCUAUGGUACAGGCUUUGGAGUACACAUUAGCUCUGCAUUUACUGACUCUCCAAGGAAGACUGUAGUGGCUUCAGUUAUGUACACUGUGGUCACUCAGAUGCUAAAUCCCUUUAUCUAUAGCUUGAGGAACAAAGACAUGAAAAAAGCCUUCAGGAAAGUAAUUAGUAGGAUAACAUCUCUUUUAUAA